AUGGCUUCAACAAUCAGCUCACUCGCUGCCAAAUAUAACAUGUCGUCUCAGCGCCCACAUUCAACGCCCCGGACGUUUCCAGUAGUAGGAUUUAAUGCUAUUAGGCAAGAUCAGCUUGUUGAGGAGGAGACUAUGCCGGAAUACAGCUCAGAACACUUCUAUCCUGUUCGACUUGGCGAGGUCUUUAAUAACCAGUUCCAAACUGUAGCGAAACUUGGCUAUGGCUCGUCCUCCACUAUAUGGCUUGCGCGUGACCUCCGAUAUCACCAAUACGUAGCGCUUAAAAUCUACAUUCAUAACUCAGUCCAGCACCGGGAGUUGCCGUUUUACAAGCACUUAGAUAAGUUUCUCCCAAGCCGGCACCCUGGCGCAAAAAAUGUCAGAAAGCUGUUCUCUUCUUUUGAAGUAAUUGGCCCUUAUGGCAAGCAUGUUGCGCUUGCUCUUCAGGUUUCUCAAAUGAGCAUCCGUGACAUGGACAAGGUGUUUAUGGACGGUUGCGGAUUUCCUGAGGGGUUUGUGAAGGGUGCUAUUAAAGAGCUUCUUGAAGCGCUUGAUUUCCUGCAUACAGAGGUACAAUGCGUGCAUACUGCUGAGACAACAUCAGAUGUUCAUCCCGGUAAUCUGCUCCUUGGGACAAAUGACGACUCUCUCUUCCAAAAGCUGGAAGAAAAUGAAUUCUCGAGCCCCGUUCCUCGCAAGCAACUUGAAGAACGCACAAUCUACCUUUCCCGCCUGAUGAAGCCUAGGGCUGGGCCACUACUGCUUUCUGAUUUUGGGGAAGCUAGGCUCGGCCCUGGUCCCCACGCUGGCGACAUCAUGCCAAUCAUGUACCGGGCCCCGGAGACGCUCUUGCAUAUCCAAUGGGGCUGUCCGGUCGACAUCUGGAGCGUAGGACUUACAGCGUGGGAUCUCCUAGAAGGAAAGACGCUGUUCAGUGCCCGCAAAGAAGACGGCAGCUUCUCGGACGGGGUUCACUUCGCCGAACUCGUCGCGGCACUAGGCCCACCACCUCCAGAGCUCCUUAACCGGCAUCGUAAUCGAGCGCUUGAGUACUGGGAUGAACAUGGAAACUGGAGCGAGUUCGUACCUAUCCCGAGAGAGAAAACCCUCGAGGCAGCGGAGACUAAACUUGAAAAUAAUCUCAAGUUUCUGCAAUUCAUUCGGAGAGCCCUUACGUGGGACCCGAACGCUCGGCCUACAGCGAGGCAACUUCUGCAAGACCCGUGGUUGACGGACUAG